AAAAAUUUCAUCAAUUCAAUGAAGAUCAAUGAUUAUUUCAAUGAAAUCUAUAAUCUCUGGAACUUCUAAAGGUCUAUCUUAAUACCUUGAUGUUUGUUGGACUGCUUUCAUGCAAUCAUGACCUGGACUUUCAUCUCAAUGGUUUUAUGCACGCGGGACAUAAUCGCAACACACGGAAUAUAAACCCCUAUAAAGUUUCGCACUUUGGACAAACUUUGCGUGACGUAACGUGGAAUUUCACGUGGCGUGUUCAUAAAAGAGGAGAGUUUGGGUAUUGGAAAGAUAUACUGCGGUAGUACAGACCAGACAAACUUUCUCAUCUCUGCUUGAAAGAUCUGGAAUGAAUAAAGGUUAGUACGGCCGGGCAUGUGUGCUUCCAAAUAUAUUAGCGUAUAAAAGUGUAUUCUGGAAAAUGCCGGGUGAGGGGAGGCCAUGGGUAGCUCUUCUUAUGCGUCAAGUUAUUUUUGAACGUAUUUUACGUAUGUCUCAAUGAUAAAUGUGAAAAUGAGACGGAGUCUUUCCCUAAGGGCGAUCUUAAACAGGUUAAUGAAAAGGUUUUGAAGGUAUUCCAAUAUAGUAUUACCACAGGCAGCCCAGGGUCGAUGUGACACAUGCACAGACACAUGAACGAUCAUGAGUGGUAUGGUUGAGAGGACUGUUUAUUUCCAGUGAUGGUGCGGAUCAGCCAAAGAGUAUAUUUUACAUCCUCAUAUUUUACAGUGGAAAUUUUUGCAACACACUGUCUUAAAAUGUGAUAAUGGCCUCCAUGUUUGACAAUGAAAUGAGAUAUUUUGCUGCCACUCCUAUACAUUGUAUGCAUUUAGCUGGUCAUGCAAAUUUUGUUAUUUGCCCCAUCUGAUUGAUUAAAUAUUUAGUAAGCCAUUGUUCUUUACACCUUUAAUUUUUCAUAAUUUUUUUUGAGCAAAAGAGGGCAAAUUAUUAUUUGGCAAACUGUUUUGUUAUUCUAUUAACUUCCUGUAGACAAGACUUCAAUAUUUCUCACAAACUACUGGCUGAGUGCUAGUUGGUAUUCUUGCAAAGUACAGAGUUUAAGUAAAAAAGGCGACAUUUUGGUAAAUUUACGAUUUGCAAUGAGAAUAUUCAGUAAGUACUGGAUCUUUCUUUAAGUUGGGCUCUUUUACUGGUAACCACACCCAAGAUAUGAAGGAAUCCUUUCAACUCCUUUUGUUAUUUUAGCUAAACUGCUUGAAAUGUAGUAGGGAGUCUGUUUCGAUGAUUAGAAAUAGACGACCACCAUUUAAACUAAAAAUAAUUAUUAAGAUGUAUUAUCAAAUUAAACUAAUCCAUAGUAAAAUUAAUAAAAUUCACUGCAAAAGGGAAGAUAUUUAAAAUCCCAAAUAACAAAACCCUGUUCCUCCCUUAUGUUAGUGAGGCAUCCUUUUCAAAAUAAAACUAUUUAAAGCUGAUCUCUGGUGUAUUCUUUAGUUAAUGUGAAAUAAUUAUUGGAAUAGAACCUCGAUGAUGCCAGUUUCGAUGCUUUAUGUGCAGAUAAUUAUAAUUUUUGUACAGUACAUAUAAUCAACUGCCAAGUGAUGAAAUCCAUCAAACCUGAAAUGAUUAUUAGUCUUACUAUUCUUUAAAAACUAGCUUUCCUUCACCAUUCAUUAAGAAUCAUUUACAAUUGUAUAGACCAUGAUACGUGUAUAAAAUUUAAAUACACAAGUUUUUGUCUUUUUUAGCAUGUCUUCCCUGGUUCGGAUUGGAUAUUGGGGGUACUUUGGUGAAACUGGUCUAUUUUGAACCAUGCAAUUCUCAACUAAACUGCGAAGGACAAGAAAAGGUUGGCCUAGAGGCCAUGCAAGAUUUUAUAAAGUCUAAUAUACACUAUGGUGAAAAUGGAACAAGAGAUGAAGUUUUAGCCAUAAAAAAUGUGGUAUUGGGUGGAAGAGAAGGGCAUCUUCAUUUUAUUCGCUUUCCGACAGAUGUGAUAGAGAACUUUCUUGUAAUUGCUAAGGAGUUGCAUGCAUCAGUAUUAAAUAACAAAGUGUGUGCAACUGGAGGGGGAGCCUUCAAGUUUGAAAAAGACUUCAGAGAGGUAGGAGAAAUAAAAAAUACAGCAGGGCUAGAAAAAAAUCCUGUCCGGUAGUCCGAGACAAGGAGACUGUCUUGCUGGGCAAGGGUCCAGUCCACAAGUUAUCCUCCAAAAAAAACAUUAACUAAGUUGAGCAAGAAGUUGCUAUGGGCAUGCAGAAUGUGAGAGCUACUUGCCCAAAGGACUAGCUGGAAUUCAUUUUUUGAGCCCUGAUACAAUUUUUUGGAUCAUCACCAUUUCACUGUUUUUCAUAUUCUCUUGAAAAACACAGUGGAACCCUACAAAUGUACCUUAAACAUUAACCUGACUUUGAUCUAGGGGUAACUAAAUUGAUUGGCAGUGAUCAGGCAGUGAUGCAACUUUAGCUCCCAUAGAUAUAGCCGUAGCAGUGCUGCUUUGUAUUAAAGCUCCCUCACCAGACUACCCUGAGUAAUAUACCAUAAUUUAAACUCAUCACAAAUAGAUGAGCUUGGGCACUGGUGCCUAAAAAGUUGGUGGAGCCGGGCAAUGCUCUAACUUGAAAAAAGAGGAAUCCAUGGCAACCCUGUGAAUGCCCUCCCCCCCGGCCACCAGGCACCAUCACACUGAACUGUUCAGUGGAAUACUACACACUGAACUGUUGAGUGGAAUACUAAUCACUAACCAAUACUUACAUGUACCUGGACCUGAAGUAAAGAGGGAGGGAGGGCUGGGAAAAACACAGCACAAAAAUGGCAAGCAAGAAAUAAGUCCAUAGCGAAGACACUUUGUGAAAAACUGCAAGCCAGCAACUGGGUAUACAAGUCAUGAGGUACAGCCGCUAGGGGCAUCGGGCCACUCCUACUCCACCCCCAGCAUAGUUAGGAAAACUGCUGACCAGCAUUGCUUCAAGGUUAACUUUGCCUAAAUUACAUUUAGCCACUUUAAACUUCCGCUUAAUAAGCCCUGGGGUCAUAUAACUUUAUAAGGCAUUUCAGGAAGCCUUAUAAACAUGGCUUACUUGAUAUCCAGGGGAACCAGACUGAAAAACGCAUUUCAAAACAAACCAGGUAGAAAAAAUUGAUUUGGGGGAAUUUGGUGGUGGGGGGGAGGGCAUAUAACCAGAUGGAUAUUUUUGGUUUACUGGCCCACGUGUGCUUAUAAGUCCCUGUAGCUUGGUGGUAGAGCAUUUGGACGUAGUAACUAAAAGUUCAUAGGUUCGAUUCCUAUUGAGAGUAUGUGGAUUUUUUCACUGUCACUGACUGAAAAACCACCUUUCUCAUGUAUUCACCAGGCUCAAUAUUCACCAUCACUUCUCUAUCCUUUUUUUCCCUUUCACUUAUGGCAGGUCCUAGGUGUACAGCUGGUAAAGUACGAUGAGCUGGAGUGUCUCAUUCAUGGUAUACACUUCAUUAAUUCCUGUUGUGUUCAUGAGUUUUACUACUGGAACAAUCUGCACUGUUUAGAGAAAUCUGAAAAGGUUCCUUAUGACUUUACCAAUGAUUCUUAUCCCUAUAUUGUCGUAAACAUUGGAUCUGGAGUCAGUAUUUUGUCAGUGGAAUCUGCUGAGAAGUUCUCAAGAAUAAGUGGCACAAGGUAAGAGCAACUGUGUAAUAAUAAUAAUAAUAAUAAUGAUGAUGAUGAUGAUGAUAAUUUAAUAAUAAUGAUAUUGACAUGACAAUGAGAAUGAUGAUGAUGGUGAUGAUGAUGAUGAUGACGGUGAUAACAGGAGCUCACUUCACAAGGAGUGAUUUUCAAUGAGGUUCUGUAAAGCAAAAGAAAAAUAAAUAGAUAAAUGAGUAUGUAAUAGUAAUAACUAAAAAAAGUUGAGACCUAAAAACUUCACUAAUAGAUUUAGCCAGGGCUAAAAGCGAAGCUCCCAUUAAUAAAUUUAUAUUUUAAAUCAAACAAUAAACUUGUAAUCCACAAAUCAGUUAACUUAAGAGCACAUUCAUGUGACUUUUGAGGGAAAGGAUAAGUUAUUUUAGAGUGAAACAUCUUACAUCGAGUUGAUAGCCUAAAUAUAUGUACACCCAAAAAAUACCAAACAUCUUCUAUCACAUUCAAGAGCCAUAAUGGCUCUUGAUCACAGUAGAUUAGGCCUCGAAAACAAAUUCUUGGAAAACAAAUCAGGCCGCAUUUUUUUGCGUUCGACAGGUUUACUUUACAAAUUCUUGCCAACAAAUCUGAGGGUGUGUAAACCAGCUUUUUGUACUUUUUAUACAUCACAUCUGAGGUGAAACAGUACUUUUUAUCAUACAGACCUCGGACAGAAUACGGCAUUUCACAAUUUUUCAAUAUUCAGGGCUUUCAGCGAAACCGUUCAAAAAAUUUCUAAAAUCACCCAUACGGCCAGCCGGUUCUCAUUUUUAGUGCGAGCUGUCAGUGUGAUCGAGUGUUUGAAUGAACUUUAAUGGACAUACGCUUCAACAUAAUAACGAAUUUAUUAUCAUUAGUUUUUGUUAUUUAAUGGUUCCAGUUAUAACGAUGUGUAAUCUUCUUAUAAAGCGUUUGAUACGCGCGACAUUUCUAAGUACUCUGCAAGCGAUGUUCAUGAACGAUGAAAACAAACACCACGGACAAGCGAUUAAAAUUGCAAGAGAGACUACUAACAAUCAAUAAAAGAAAUAUAAUUCGGUAAAACAUUUACAGAGACAACAAUUUUCAUUCACGAAGACAAGUAUUAAAGUGUCUCUAAAAAUCCUGAGUCUUCAAGCUUAAAGCUUGAGCUUAAGUUUAUUUUGGUUUACUUUCAGCCGGCCUCCCGGUGUUUGUUUUUUUUUCAAAGAUGAACUCCUGGAAACAAGAAAAUCACUCAAAGUUUUCUUUCUACAGACAAAUUUAUAACUAAAUAUUCUUCAGAACGUUUUUUUUCUAUUUGCCUUGAGAAAAUAUAUCUGAAGGCCUUUUAAAGUUCUGUAAGCUUAUAUCAAACCUGAUACUAGAUCAGAUCAUUGACUCAAAUCUCAACAAACGUGCAAAAACUUGCCGCAUAAACUGUGCUCAACUUCAUGAAAUUAGAUAUAACAAAAACUAACAUUAAAUAUAAUAAUUACUCAGGCUUACCAUUCGAGAUUCAGUUCCUGAAAGAUAUCAAGGAAGGCCAUAGUUGCUUGAGACUUUUAAACCCUCUUACGCAUUGAGCAAAGUGAAAGACGAAAACGAUGCCAUCCGAAAUCGGAUUACCCAAUUUUGACAAGCAACGCAUUUCUCAACCAAAAACCCAAUAAACAAACCAGCCAUGGAUAACAGAAGACUCUUGAUAGCAGCUGUAUUUCAUUUUGUACAUCCGGUGGAAAAAGACAGUUAAAAACAUCACAAGUUGACACAAAACUCUGUCAGCUUUUGCUGUCAAAGUAAACAACUUUCAAGAUGCUGCAUAAGUUUUCCGCAUGAACUCACCUGUGAAAUUUUGACCAAUCAGAGUACAAAAAAUUGGACGUGAGCGUGACCAACGCGUGACCAUGGUAAGAAACGUCUUCCCCGCCAUUAUUAUUAAAAAAGUGGCUGCAUUUUCGCGUCCGAGGUCAGUUUGAAAUCAAAAUCUGGACAGUGCGGGGCCAUAGUGACAUAAACACAACAUAUUUCAUAUGAAUCAUUGGAAAAAAUAGACUUGAGCCUGCGAUCAUUUGAAACUGGUAAUUUGUCAGCGGAUAACUUCAAAAAAGUACUCGACCUCGAUGGGUCGACACUUGAGCCCGCAGUACGGUCAGGUGAUACUGGUCAGCGGAUAUCCUGUUUUGACAGCUGUCAAUUGAUCACAACAUUGAUGUGCAGUUAGUUUUCUAUUGGGCUCCCAAACUAGCUAGAAAGUGUGAGAGAAAACAUCUCGGAAGGGUAGAUUACCACAUUUCCUUAGCUAUGGGGCUCUGUCCACGCGCGCGCCUCGCGCGCGCAUGGAGCUCCGCUAAUAUAAGCUACAGGUUAAGAUAGAUUAAAAUAUUAAAAGCUGUAAAAUAUCUAAAAUACAUACAUGUAGCUUUUAAUACUCUGCUUAAAAAGAAGAAGAGACUGUGCGCAACAUAUCACCCUCAAGAAAAUCGUAAAUUGAGAGAUUUUUUUGUGACAGCUAUAAAUCUAGUGCCUCCACCUUCCUACACAAAAUCGUAACUAACCCCAUCCCCUUUCAUGAUCAACCAUCUUCCCACCCUUGGGAAAGUCAUGAGAGGCUAAGAGCAUCUUCAAUUGAAAAUAUUCCAGAAUAAGUAUCAAUGGAAUACACUCUAGAAAUCACUUAUUUUGGGGUUCAUUGCCUUGCAAUAAUUAUCUAGAAAUCUCCAUAAAAAAAAUUUCCUGCUAUAUGUAGUGUUUCAAGUGGUCCAAAAAUUAUGACACAAGAGAUUUGCAACAAAACUUUUGCGUAUUCUUAUUCUGGAAUAUGACAAGUUGAAUGCACCUUGUGUAGAACAAAGUUUUCUUUCUAACAAAACAACACAGUGGACCUACACAUCCAAAGUCCCAUGUAUGCAGGAGACAGUACCCUGAGUGGCAUUGACAGGUAUUUUGGGUAGAGGUGUGUUCUGCCAAGGCUUUCAAACCCUGAUCUUGUUUAAGACAAAGGUUGCUCAUUUCACUGCCUUGUUUAAGACAACAGACCUUACUUAAUGACCCUGAUUUAUUUCACUUUGCAUACAGAAUUAAGUAAUUUUUCAAACUAACAUCAUCCGCUUAAAAAGACACCCUGUUCUUGACGCUACAUGUAAAUAGUGAAAUCUUUAGUUAAUACAUCCUGUUGACGAUUCGAGAACCCAAAAAGACCAUACUCUGUUCGGUUGCACACACCUGUAUAGGCCAAAUAAUUCCCCUCCCCCUCCCCCCCUCUCGACCCUGACUUCUAAUUCUACUGGCCAUUUUUAUCACUAUGUCAAAGAUGUAAUAUUAAUAUAAAUACUUCUUUAAAAAUAUUUUAUUUUCAAAAUGUUUUUAGUCUGGGAGGUGGAACCUUUCUUGGCUUGUGCUGUUUGCUGACUGGAUGUGAGUCAUUUGAAGAAGCUCUUUCCAUGGCAGAGGACGGAGACAGCACAAAGGUUGAUAAACUAGUGCGGGAUAUUUAUGGAGGCGAUUACACCAAGUUUGGUUUACCAGGAGAUUUGGUGGCAAGCAGGUUAGUUGACAGUUUUCUUAUAAAAUUAAUGGCCUGGGGCCAGUGCUUCAGCCAUACUAGAAUCUUUAAUGGUUAGAAAAUGUUAAAGUUCCUGAUCUUCAAGGACUUUAGUAACAAAUUGUAUGAAAACAAAGCCUUAUAUGCUCUGGCUCAGAUGGCCCACAUGUACUUGAUCGUAACCUUUCACUUUUUUUUUAUAAGUGGAAAAUUAAAGCUGUUUGAUCAGUCAGCAAUGUAUUUGGGACAAGGUAGAAUUAUGUCAGCUUUAACGAUAAUUAUUAAUGUUAUAACACAAUGUAUUAAUUUUACAGUCAGACCACAUUAAUAUGGACAGCAAAGGGACAGAAAUAGAAGUCUACAUUUUUUAACUUUAUAGACUGUGUCACAUGCAUUGAUGUUUGGCAUAUUAAGGACCAAACAAUUGUUUGAUAAUAGAGAGGUGUUUGUAAAGAUAGGGAAAGAUAAGGUUCCUCUUUACAAUGUACUUGUCUUUCAGUUCAACACAAAAGUUAAAAGUUUCUUGACUGGUUAAUCAAAACUAAUGAUUUUAGACAGUCUUUACCUUCUCAUUUCCACAAUUUGAGAAAUAAUAAUAAUAAUAAUAAUAAUAAUAAUAAUGAUAAUAAUAAUAGUAAUAAUAAUAGUUUAAUGGUAAUUCCACAAAGUGGUUCUCAUAUCACCAUACCUAUGCUAAAAAGUAAGUAUAAAGGAGAAAUUAACAACUUGACAUUGGCCAUUUGCCAUAUUCGUGAUUCUACAUCUCUCUGAUGUAAUGAACCUGGUGUUCUGUUUUAGCCAGCCAUAUAUUUGGAUCACAUUUUUAUUUUAUUGGCUCAAAAGCACAGACGUUUGGCCUUUUAAAUAAUCUUUCCUCCUUGUCAACUACCUCAGUCAAUAUGUUUUUUUUUUCUACAUUUAGCUUUGGAAAGAUGAAUUGUGAGGAGAAUCGAUCAUUGGUUAGUAACAAAGAUUUAGCAAGAGCCAUGUUAGUUACCAUAACAAACAAUAUUGGUUCAAUAGCGAGGAUGUGUGCUGUAAACCAAGUGAGUGCUGUGAUUUCAAAUUAUACGAGACAAUGAUCCCUUCAGGGCUGUUGUACUGGCUCCAGUUAUUCAAAAGGUGGAUAGCGGUAUCCACUGGAUACCGCAAUUGGAUUUCCUAACACUUACCUGCGAUAGCGAUUUAUCUGGUGGGUAGCGCUAUCCAAUGUUUGAAUAACCGGGGCCAGGACUUUUGUCAUGCCCUGGUGCUUGCAGGCUUAUGACAAGUAGUCACGUUUGUUAGAAUGCAUCCUAAUGUUGGUGGUCCUGUGGCACAAAGCCACAAAUGUUUGAGGUAUUGGGAGUGACUGCCGAUUAGCCGCCCGUACUGAUUGAAACUGGACUCCUUUUGACUCAGUUAUCAUUUCCGUAAGUGACGAAUGCGGAUCUGUAAUCAAUGAUUACCCCUGGUAAUAACUAAGGUUAGGAAGUGCAUGCUAGAUCGUUUGAUCAGUGCUUAAACACCCUUGCUCCAACACUGUGCUCUGCUUAAGGCCCUGUUUAUUUGAGGUGAGUAAGCCUGGUUAGCUGGCCUAGCUCGGUUCAUGCCUUGUUUCCUCAUAAAUUUGUCGUUUUGGUUUAUUUGAGAAGGAAGGCUGUUGCGCUUGCCAAGAUCCAGUUGUUUGAGCUGGGAUCUCGACACGUGGGCCAGCCCACCUUCUCAUAUAAAGUUUUCUAGAGUCAAAUAAAGGGAGUAAAGAAAGGCAGGGAACACUCUAGGUGUCCAUUUUACUAACUAAAGGUGUCCAUCUUUAUAAGAGAGCUGUCUGUUAAGAGAGAGUCAACAUUAAAUCUUGGGGGACUACUCAACAAAGUUUUAUGCUGUGUUCGAGGAGGCUUUGCCCCAAGGUCCAACCCCUUACCCUUUUACAUACCAUUUUAGCCAGAAAUGAUACCCCUUCAUGUACCGUACAUUGAAAAAUGGUACCCCUGUAACACACCUACCUAAUAAGAAUAAAUCGCUGAAACGGAAAGUGGCCUUGCCAUUUUCGCGUAAAAUUUAUUAAAUUAAAAUGGUAACCCAUAAGGCGCGUGUUUUUUAAACAUAUCAAUUAACGUCUUUUAAAUAUUUAUCUGAGGGAUUUUCCGGAUCGUUAUCCGUUUUUGGGAAACUGUCCACCUACCACUCCCCAAGGCAACAUUUUGCUCUACGUGAGGAGUACGUGCUAAUUUUGGCUUAGGGGAGGGGUAGGUGGGCAGAAUUCCCUACCCUUGGAUAUACCUGAAGCCUGAGAAAGGUACCCCUUCGGGCGGAGCCAUUAUAGGGAGUAACCCCUUCCCCCCCGGGUGAAUGGUAUGUUAAAAUCCUAAUUCUCAGCAGUCUGUUUAAACCAUUGGCGUACAAUUAAUAACAGUUUUUAUCCACCCUUCCUAAUGUUACAGUUAGUUUCAUAGAUUUUCUCUUAUCAUUUUUUUUGGCAGAAAAUUGGUCGUGUGGUAUUUGUGGGCAACUUCCUCCGUAAGAACACCAUAGCUAUGAAGUUGCUCUCAUAUGCAAUGGAUUAUUGGUCUAAAGGAACCUUAAAAGCUCUGUUUUUAAAACAUGAGGUAUUAAGAAAUAAUAAAUGUCUCUAAGAGAGAGAAAUGCCAAUGGAAUACUGUUAGGCUGCCAUCAAAGUGUUUAUAAUAAUUCCCUUUUUUAUUCUUCAUAUUAAGGAGCUUAAGCAACGACGACUGCGACGGCAACGAGAAUGGCAACAUCUUUGCACGAGCAUCACGCUUUUUUGUACAUUACUUUACUGUUGCACGAGACUAGGACGUGAAGAUUCUUACUUAUUUUCACGUUUUAUGGACGUCGACGGAAGACAAAAACUUUUCUUUUUCUUUUUCUGAACUUAAGCCCUGUGCAAAAGGACGCAACAUUGUUGGAUGGUACAUGUUACGUUCGUUUGCACACGCUGUUGCGUGUUGUUUGGGGGUUGCUGCGCAAAGUUUGAAACCGGUCAAACUUUUGAGCAAACAACUCCCAACAUUUCUUUUGAUCCUUGAUCGCCGACACGCACGCAUGCACGUGCAUCACGCUUUUUGGUACAUUUCCGUUCCGUCACCGCACGACAAUGACGUGAAAAUGCCGAAUUUCACGGUUUAUGGAGAAAGUAAACAAGGGACGACGAAUUUUUCUUUCUGGCUCUUUCUCAACUUAAGUGCGGCCCCCAAGAAAUAAACUCUAAGGGAAAUUCGUCUACAUUUGACAUUCUCAGCGAAUUGAAUAAACGCGACAAAGUUUGAAAAUAUACGAAUUCACUUGCGGUCGUCGUCGUCGAUGCUGAAGCUCCCUUUUUGCACUCUCACGUACACUGCGAGCAGUCUCUCGCUCGAAAAUCUGUAAGCCAGAUUAUUUGAGCAGCGAAGUCGCGCGAGUUGCGGGGGCGCGAAUUCGCAACUCACGCGAAAGACAGAAAAAACGCUAGUAUUACCAUCUUGCACGGUCUUGUGUUUACAAUUUUGCAUCCCCUUAAUUUUAGGUUAAUUCCAUUAUUAUUUGGAAGUGUGAGGUUUGUCAACAGUUAUCAUUUUCUUUUUCAUGCCAGGGUUAUUUUGGUGCAUGUGGAGCCUUGCUGGAACUGAUGACAAGAAUGAAGGCGCAUGAAGAUGGGAGAAGCUAGUUAGCAUUUCUUACUAUUACAGUUCUAAGGGGUUAUAUUUUGAUAUAUUUAUUAGUCAAUUUUUGUAUCUAAUUCGUAAGAAAGGCGUGUCCUACAGGUGGGAGCUAGUGGAUUCUCCUAUUAGACUAGUGAAUUCUGUGAUGCUCUUAGAGGAAUUCAAAUUACAGAAGAACUGUAAACAAUCCUGCUCAUCAAAAAAAAUUUGGGGGAUAGUUAAAAAGACUCUAGGGCUAGUGCGUGGUAGCUACAGCUUGCCUGAAUGGCAAGCUCUAAAACUGACUUUCUUUGCACCCUGCUUAUUAGCCUUUUAAACUCAGUUCAAGAUCAGGGUAUUGUACCAGUUCAGUCAUAGAAAACCUGGAAAGUCAAGGAAUUAAUUUUAAGACUUUCUUCCUCCACACCUGGAAUUCCAUGGAAUUGAAUUAUUGAUGAUGAAAAGUAAUGGCAAAUUUAGGUUACGUUUGAUAGAUUAAUCACUGCAGAUGCAAAGCAAGGACAAAGCAGGGGUCAAUUUAAUAAAACUAUUACAAACUUUAGCCAUUGUUGCCAUUGUUUUUAGACACCAAAACAAUGGGCACACUGGUAAAUUACACUUGGAAAAGUUUUAUUAAAUUGGCCCCAGUGCCAACGGUGGGCAUUUUGGCAGGCGUAGAAGUUGCGUGAAGAGGUAAAAAAGGCAACCAAUUAUCGUGUAAGGAUUUUGGUCAGGAGAAAACCCUGAGCAGCUAAAAUAUGCUGACAGUAUUUUGACCAAAUAUCCCAACAACUGUAAAGCAUACAAUGAUCUUGAAACUGGUACAUUCAGAUGUUUUAACAAUGACCUUUCAUCAUUUUAUUGAAAAAAAGAGCUGUAAUUAUCUGAAUUCAAAUAUCAGUUAUUGAAACAAUGUAAAUUGACAGAAUCAAUUUAAAAAAAUUGUUAUUAUUUUUGACAAUAUUUUUAGGUUUUGUACUUACAUUUUCAAUACACUCUGUACUGUCUAAUGUACUUGAAACUAAGAAUGUCCAGAAAAAUAAUAAUAAAAUAAACUGAUUUAAAUACUGUGAUAGUAUAAUGUAAUAAUUAUAUUAUCCAACAAAACAGGACUACAUACCAUGUACAAGUUGUAUUGUCACUAUUACAAUCAAACCGACAGAACACCAGAAAUAUGAUUGGAAUGUUUUGUUCCCAGAAAAUGGCCAAUCAGGAGUGAGGAAACUAACUCAGAAGCAACAGUGAACAGCAUUAAAUGUGGUUUUGUGGAUAGUGCGCAUGUCCUGAUAUUUUGCUGUGAUUGGACAUAACACAAUCACACAAUCCUGAAAUAUUUCAAGUGUUCACAGUUUUGUCGGUUUGACUGUGAUACAGUCCAGCUGUGAAUAUUAAUACUAUUAAUUUUUUACUUGCAGGGGUGAAAUAAGGUGCAUGCAUGUCCUGAUAUUUUGUAGCCUUUUGAGGAAGGCCUGACACAAAACCAUUCAGCUCUCUCCCUUUUUCGCUUCCAUCUUUCCCCUUUUCCCCAGAAACGCCUGAUACUCAGGCUAGAUAUUUUGCUGUGAUUGGACAUGAAACAAUAACACUAUCCUGAAAUAAUUCAAGUGUUCACAGUUUUGUCGGUUUGACUGUAAUACAAUGCACUCGUGAAUAUUAAAUACUAUUAAUGUCUUACUUGUGGAGGUGAAAUAAGGUGCACUAAUAAUAAUAACAAAAUAAUUUAUUUGGAUGCAUUUAUGUGCUUAAAAUCUUUC